AUGAAUGAAAAAGAGGCUGCUCAGCGCAAGGCUGACAAAGCCAAGAAGGCUGAGAACCUUGCCCGCCUAACAUGCCUGCAUCAGCAGGAGGCCGAUGGUAUGGCCAUGGAUGAGGAGGAACUUCACGCCAGCGAUAUUGAUGACAUGGAAGAACACAUGGCAAGUCUCAUCAUGGAGAUUACAUGA